UGACAGGUUGAGGGAGCAAGGUUACUCAUACAUGAUUAAACACCACCAUUAAGUGUUAAAAUGUGGCUACUUUAUACCGGGAGGUGGUUGCUGGACCUCUUGGCACUCAGGACCAACUCUCGCGUUUCAGGGAAGAACAUGAUCAUUCAGCCUUGAUGUACUGAGAGCUGUCUUACUCUAUGUCGUUAAGGAUUGACAUGGAGGUUGGAGAGGUGACCAGUGGGGACUUGGGUCAUGGUACAGUUGUUGUUGGCAGCGAUGGGGAGCUUCAGUAUGAUCUCAGUCAGCAGUCUGGCUCAUUUUUAACAAAUACUCAUAUUGUACCACAUGAUGGAAGUGGAACAAUGUUGAGUCUUCCUAUUCAGUUGGUGCAACUACAUGACCCUGGGGGUGAUACUGGUGUUGGACGAACUGGUGGUGUGUCUUCAGGUAUGUCCGGGUUCACUGGACAUCUCAUCAUCAAGAACAACCCUGAUGGAACACGUACAUUUCUUUUUGACCCACCAGAAGUUGGGUUAUCGGUGAGUGGAGAAGAUGGAGUAGAAAGCCGAUUGGAUUUGUCUGAAGUGGCAGUUGGGUCGGCCUUGACUGAUCUUCAGGAACGGAGUGGGUUCCUACAGCUUGAUGAGGGCAUGGUAGCUGUGAACCAGGUUGGUGGUGAGAUUGGACAGGAGUUAUCUUGGCUAAUGCAGGGGACUACCUGACACAGAAAGAUGGCACCAUCCCACAGUUUACUUCUUUUAAUAUUGUUGAUGGUCAGAUGGUUUUAACAGCCACAGAAGCUGGUGUUGAUGAUACAGUCACCUUAGAGGGAGGAAACCUAAUAAACUCAGCAAUGGCCACACAUGAUGCAAUAUUACCAACGCCAAUACCCAUUUCAAUCAAGAGAGAGCCAGAUAUGGAGCCCCCAGUAGGUAAAGGUCCAUUUACUUGUGAGAGUUGCAAUUUAACCAUAGACAAGUGGCCGCAGUAUAAGAAGCAUUUGAAGAAACAUCUAGAAGAUAAGCCAUACCAGUGCUGUGAGUGUGAAGCUUCUUUUAAUGUCCAGAAAAAUCUUCGUCUGCACGAGGCUUUACAUGCUACUGACAAACUCUUAUGUCCAGAAUGUGACAAAACUUUCAGACGUGUGGCCUCAUUUAAGGCUCAUCUUGCUGUCCAUGAGGAAGAUGAAUCAGUCACGUGUGAGAUAUGUCAUGAAGAAUUUAUAUCUGUUAGUCAGCUUGAGCCACACUACCAGCGUCACAGAGAUGGCCUGGACCAACCUCAGGAACGCAAAAGGCUUAGUUUAGUAUGCAGAGAGUGUGGGGCAGAAUUCACUAAUCAUGCCAUGCUCAGUCAUCAUAUGAAAGUUCAUAAGAAGGUAAAGAAGAUGACAGCAACCAAACCAAGAAAGAGAAUAGACCGAUCAAAGUUUGAAAAUAAAUGUCAAGAGUGUGGUAAGAAUUUUAUCAAACCUUCACAACUGAAAAGACAUAUGAUGAUUCAUACUGGUGAAAGACCCUUUAAGUGUACCUAUCCUGGGUGUGACCGAGCAUUUAACCAGAAGUACACUAUGCUGAUUCACAUGGACAUACAUACAGGUCGGAAAGACUAUAAGUGCGAGUUUUGCAAUAAAGAUUUCGUACAAAAGAGUAAUUUGCGAGGUCACAUCAAGCGUGUCCACCCUGUCAACAAGGCAGGCCAAGAGUUGUUUGAAUGUGAAGAAUGUUCAUGUGUAUUUAAACGUGCUGGAAGUCUUAAUGCACAUAUAUCUCGUGUACACACCAAUGAGGCUGUAAUUAGAAUGGAGAUGUCUGCAGAUGCAAGAGAUGUAAUAAAAGAUGUUCGAGAUGUGAUAAAGGAGAUUCAGGAUUUAGAAAAGGCUGGUCAGCGUGAUCAGAAGGAAUCAUUAUCUUCUAAGCUUAAUCAGUCAGCAUUCAAAUUCAAACAAGAGUGUCAGGAUCAACAAGAUUCAGAAUCAUAUGUAAAGAGCAUAAUAACAGGAAUUGGUGACUCGGCAAACACCCAUGGUUCUGAAAAUGCCAGUGAUGGGGACAUUUUGCAGCAAGCUUUAAAGAAUAUUGGGCUUUCUCAACCAAGGGACCAAGCACAGCAUAGCAGAGAAGGUAUUAAGCUAAAGAUUGAAGCUGAAGAUGGAGGGCACUUUGAGGACAAAUGGCCAUCGGACGGACAGAUUGACUCUUCUCGGUUAACUGAGUGCAAGAAGGUGCAAGUCAUGACGCUCAUUGACCGUAAUCAUGAAAGUGGGAUGAGGAGGUACACAGUGCUGGUGAAAUUGGUUGGGGAUGUAAAAUGGCAUGUUUGUAUGCAUAAGGACUGUACUAAAGAAUUCAAGAAACCUUCAGAUCUCGUACGACACAUGAGGACUCACACGAAUGAUAAGCCAUUCAAGUGUAAUAAGUGUUUCCGAGCCUUUUCGGUGAAGUCGACGUUGAUGGCCCACAUGAAGACCCACUUGGCUGUGAAGGAGCACACAUGCAAGCAAUGUGAUAAGAAGUUUGCUACAACAACAUCCCUAAAGGUCCAUUCAUGGUUACACACUGGUCAAAAGCCAUACCAAUGUUCGCAGUGCCACAAGGUAUUCCGCACCGUAUCACAACGUAAGGCACAUAUGUUGUCUCACCAGCACUCAUCCCAUCGUCAGUCUCUACGUAGAAAGUCCAUACCACUGCCAGAUAUCCCUCUUCAAGAGCCUAUACUUAUUACUACUGAAGGACCUGUUAAACAACAGUCUCGACACAGUCAGAUCUAUCCAAGUGAGACCGGAGAGGCACCACCUGACAGACCCCACAAGUGUCACUACUGUCUGGCAGCCUUUAAGAAGUCAUCCCAUCUGAAACAGCAUGAGAGAACACAUACUGGCGAGAGGCCUUUCAAGUGUGAUAGUUGUAAUAAGCUGUUUAAUUCCCUAAGUGUCCUGAAGUCACACUUCAAAACACAUAGUGGACAAAGAACUCACAAGUGCCCUACAUGUAAUGGCCUUUUUGCUACAAGUGGCAGCUUGAGAAGACAUCGAACUACCCAUUCAUCGGACCGUCCAUAUAUGUGCCCAUAUUGUCAAAAAACCUUUAAAACCAAUACCAACUGUAAGAAGCACAUGAAGACACACAAACAUGAGCUGGCUAUGGAGGCAGUCAGGGCCGCAGGCUCUAAUUUACAGGGGGAUAACCAACAAGCACUCCUCACCACCAGUCUCUACAGUCAACAGACUGCUACACCAAGCUUACAUGACACUGAGGUUAUGGUUCCUGAUCUGACUGGUAUGGCUAGUGUCUUCCAGGAGGGAGAUUUCCCUCUGUCAGGUGAUCUUCAGCAACAAUCACAGCACCACCAACAGGUACAGCAAGAAGAUCUGACAGCUACUCAGGUCAUUCCAGCAGCAUUUGCACAGGGUGUCAGUGAGAGUGGUUUGACCCUAGCUGACCUCCAGACAGGGGUUGAGCAUGGACUAGCUUCUGGAGAGACUGUUAUUUUAGGCUCACAACCUGCUACCAUCACAACUCAUUUAAAUGGAUCCUCAAUACUUCUUCCUCACUCCUCAGGAGGUCAGGGCUCAACUGGCUCCUCCAUUCUUCUCCCGCAUUCAUCCUCAAGUCAUGUUACCAGUGCUUCCUCUGUAUUUCAAGGGACUAGUAGCACUUCAGUCUUACAGGGCACUCGUGGUUCCUCCAUCCUGCUUCCAAACUCAUCAUGUCAAAGAUCAGGUGCAUCUGUACCUAACCAAUUAUCCCAGGAUGGUGGGAAAACAACCAUUCUUGCUAUUCCACAUUCUUCAGGUGGUAACGUAUUAACCGUCCACCAACCAUCUGUGAUACAGGGACCUGCCCGAGAGGAAUCUGUCAAUGUUACCUCAGUAAUACAGUCUCAACCUAGCAUUAUAAAUCAGUCGAGUAGUUCCCGUUAUUCUACCUCCAUAGCAUCACGUCAAGCCAUACUGGACCACACCCAAGACUUCAAUUCCAUGGGUGACCCAGGAGGCUUGGAAAUGGUGACUUUACCCACAUCAAUGAUUGGUGGGAACUCACAAAGUGCUUAUGCCUCAACAGUUAUGCAAACAAAUCUCCAGCUUGAAGGAAACAGAGGAGCCGUCAUCACUAAUCCAUCAAAUCAAGUUAAUUCUGGAGAAACUAACCUGACAAGAGAAGCAGUUGGUGCAGCAGGUGAAGAUUUAGCAAUUGGCCUGGUAGAGAGUGAUGACGACAGUCGUGUUGUUGCUACCCAUUCUACUUCGGCAGGUGGUGCUGUUGAUGCUACUCCAACAACAUUACUUGAGGCUAACUUUGACCAUCAAGGAUUCUCUGAUGGUUUUACUCUACAUGUUCCUCCUGGAUUAGACUUGUCCAGUUUAGGACAGGGUGGGGAUAUACCUUCAGCACAACUGGUACAGCUACUUAACACACAAGAACCCAUAACACAAGUUUCAGCUAUAAAAGUUACCAGUGCUACUACCACUGCUACAUCCACGCCACCACCCUCUGACCAAGAACUUGGGCCCCCAGACCCUGUUGUCUCAGUUUCUAAGGUGUAUGAGUGUACUGAAUGCAAGAAGACGUUUCUUAAACAGAAUCACUUACGAUCUCAUCGGCGAAUUCAUAAUCAAGAUAAGACGUAUCAGUGCACAACGUGUAACAAGGUUUGCUCUUCAUCUCAUGCAGUCAAGGAACACCAGCGGCUUCACACACGGAUGGCAAAUAAUCAUCAUUGUAAUAACUGUUCAGAGAAAUUCUCAAAUCUCAAUCAGCUUCUUAAACACAUGCAAGUGGAACAUUCCAGUGUUUGGCGGUGCCCUGUGUGUGAACAUGUGUUUAAGUCGUCAUCAACAUUCCAAAGACAUAUACGUUCCCAUAGUAUUGAUGCCAUCAACGAUGCCAUAAGCAGAACUAAGCAUGAGGAUGUGGGUGUUGAUGGGAAAGUGAAGGUUACUCUGACAGCUGAAGAAAUGGAUGCUAUCCUUCAGCAGACAACAGGAUCACAGAUAAGUAUGGAAGAAGGAUGUCAGAAAGAGGAAGCAGGAGAUGAAUCAUCCACUUCCAAACGAAAUCAUUCAUCCCAGGAUGAUGGUAGCCUCCAAGUUGCUUUUGUAAAGUGUGGUGAAAAUGAAGAUAAUGACUCACAGAAACAUGCUCAUCAAUGCAAGACUUGUGGUAAAAGCUUCAAGAAACCAUCUGACUUGGUACGUCAUAUUAGAACUCAUACUGGAGAGCGACCAUUCUCAUGUGCCCAGUGUGGAAAAUCUUUUGCUGUCAAAUCAACAUUGGAUGUGCACAUGAAAACUCAUACUGGGAAAAAGGAUUAUAUGUGUCAUAUUUGCAAUACCAUGUUUGCUACUAAAGGAAGCCUAAGCAUACACAUGAGGCUUCAUACUGGAGUUAAACCAUUUAAAUGUAAUCAGUGUGGGAUGAAAUUCAGAACCUCUGGUCAUCGCAAGGCUCAUGUUGUUAAACAUUUUAAAACAACCCAGUCCAUGUAUGGUAAGAGUGCAAUAAGAUUUGCCGCAGUUGAAGAAGAUCCAUUAGAUACUGGAAAUGAGGCAGAUGAAACUGUAAUGGAAAUGACAAAUGAGGAAAAUCUUAGUUCUGUGGUAAUGAUGACAGAAGGUACUGUGUCAUUGCAGUUACAAGGGCUUAACCUUGGCACUAUUGAUCCUUCAGCUUUACUUAAUAUUCAACCUAUGACAUUGGAUGAAAGUGUUCUAAAUCAGUUACAAGCUUCUGGUGUUACCAUGAUGGGUGCUGGUGAGGGAACUGUAGAUGAGGAUGCUGAGGACUCUAUCUCUGUGAAUCCUAAUGUUGUGAUGACACAACCUCGAAGUGUUCGUACUCCAACUGUAGAACCUGUUGAUGAUUCAGAUUUUGAAAUUCAUAUGAUUGAUAGUGAAGGUAGAGUCAUAACAACUCACUCACUAAAUAUGUUGGGGCAACAAUUGGAUAGGGACACUGGAACAGCUCCAGACACAGCUUCCUUUAUGCCACCAGAACUUAGUCUCUCGGAUCUUGCCCUCCCAGGACCAAAUAAUAGCAUUCAGUGUGCUUUGUGCUCAAAAUCAUUUGUAAAAUUAUCUGACUGGCAGGAGCACCUUUUGUCUCAUAAUAUUUUUAUAAGGGUAGGAGAGGAUGGUGAAAUUGCAGAAAGUGAAAUGCAAGACUCUAUUGUUAUUCCCACAACUACUCUUGGAGAAAUUCAUGAUAAUACAGGUAGUACCUUUCAGAGUGCACAUAAUGGGAAAACCCCUUCUGGACUAAAUAUUGGAGAAAUAACGGUUUCUAAAUUAGAAGGACAAACCCAAUUAAAUCGUAAUUAUAAAUGUGCUGUACCUGGAUGUGGAAAAACAUAUAGGCAUGAGACCAGUCUUCAGCAACAUACAGUUAGUGCUCAUAUGAAACAGCACGUCUGUCCCAAGUGCGAUGAAGCUUGUCCUUCAGCAGCUGCUCUUCAGAAACACAUCAGAAUGCAUCAUUCAGAUGCAAAGGGUAUCAGAUGUGUAUUUUGUGUAGAGGAGUUUAAUGUGCGGCCUGCAUUACACCAACACAUUAUUCAAGAACAUUUGCAAAUUGCCCUUGAGAAUCCAAUUGUUAUCGAGAAGGUGGGACUCAAAAUUAACCUGACUUCAGAAUCUCAGAGAGAGGGGACACAGGGUGGUAUGGAUGAUUUGGAUCCCUUAGAGUUCUUCCCUUCAGUAAAUAAUUCAUCCCAUCUUGUAUAAAGAUGAAGGUACUUGAAGAUCUUCAGGGUUUUGCUGUAAUUGACUCACAAACAACUAUGCUACAUUAAUGCCUUGUUUAAGGUCUGGUUGAUCAAAAUAGAUAUUUAUUAAUGCACUUGUAUUUUGUAUGGAAAAAAUAUUAUGUAAGUGAUGCUGCAAGCUUUAAUUUAUGUGUGAAUUGAAAACAUUGUGCAAAACUGCAUGCUGAGAAAAUUUCAGUGUCAGCUUAUUGGCACAAUAUUAUGUUACAAACAAAACACUGUGUAGCUUAUGUUGUUGUUGUAUUUUAAAGUCUUCCUCAAUAGUUUUUAAUCAGGAAUUAAGCUUCUUGUUAAAUAUGAAUUACCCGGUAAGUACAAACAUGAAAUAGUAAAUACUAACUAAUGACAUGUAAUGAAACCAAAGUAGGUAGUAAGUAAGUUUCUGCAAUUUUUAUGACUUGGAUAUUAAUGGACAUUUUGCAGGGGCUGGCUAGAUGAUAUCCAUUACUGCCUUUGAAAUUUUAAAGAUCCAUAAUGCCAGGAGUAUGAUAUUUUCUUUUUAGUGUAAGGAUAUAUAGUGAAUUUAUAUUUAUAUCAAUUAGACCCAUUGUACAGCUGAGCAUAAUAACCAACUGUGAAUUACCAUUUUGUAGUACGGUACUCUGUUUCAUCAGUUUAAUUUUGGGGAUAAGUAUUAAAGAUGUUUCUUUUUCACCAUUGUCCAGACACCUUAGUUUUUGUUCAGUUAGCAUUCAUUAGUUGCUAUGUCUUAAAAGUAAGCUAGAUAUAACAUCUCACUCAAGACUCACCUCAGCUAACAUAUAUGAUGUGUGAUGAGUCUGGUAUGUCAGAAGAUUAGUCACCUAUUAAUGUACAGUAUUUACACUGAAUGUUAGUGGCCAUGUGUAAAAUACCACCAUCACCUGAUACACAUGAAGUACAACCAUUUGUUGACAUGCCUUAAGUACAACUCUCAGUGUGUAUGCCAAAAAACAUAUUUAGCUUACUUGCCUUAAGUACAAUUGACAUGCCUCAACUUUCUUUGUUAUCAUACUGUUGAUCAAAAAUAGGAAGAAAUAUAUGUUAUUAUUUUAGAUGCCCAAGUUAUACUACUGUAUAUGUAUAUGUAUAUGUAUGCUCAAAUUUUAUUUAUUUUUUUAUUAAUUAGAAUCAUGUUUAGUCUCUUAAGAAGCCUCAAAUGAUUUACCUAGUGUUUUUAUGUGUGUCUAGUCAAGUGUCAUUUCUUUCUAAGCUUGGUUAAAACUUGUAUAUUUCUUC